AUGGUGAGCAUGCUAAUUUUGUCAGUGCAGCCAGCCAGCUGCACCGACAACAACAGCAGCAGCAGCGGCAGCGACGUCGUUGACGGUAGCGGAAUGAAGAGCCGACCGAAUGAAUCACAUUCGAUAGUCGGCAACAGCAUCGACCAACGACUAGGUCCGGAAGCGGUUAAGGGAUCGAGCACCACUAGUCGUGCCACCGUAUCUCGCUGGUUCGCUCACUUCGCCUCGGAGGACAGUAGCCUGAAAACUGAGGAUCGCCAAGCUGCGCUGAGCCGAGCCGACGAUGCUGUAGAAAGAGCUGCUGUCAGGCAAGGAUAUAGUCAACGCCGAGGUCUUGAAGCUCCUAUGUCCUCUCGACCUCGAUCCUCGUGUAAUGUAAGCGAGUCUAGGCGACAGUGCUGCGAUGAGAUCUACACCGAUUGGGUGAAUCGAUAUCUCUCAAAGGCGCCAAACUACAAACCGAUCGACGAUAUCUGCAAUGAAUUACGUGAUUACCGUCUGGUUGCGAAGUUAAUACAAGUUGUCGUGCCCGACAACGCGAACUCGCUGCAGUUCACGUCACAUUUGUCUCGAGUCAAUACUAAUAUUGACGGACUGAACGUAUGCCUGCAGUAUUUGGCGCUUGCUGGAGUUGAGAGCAGCAAGGUCACGUCUAGAGAUAUCGAUACUGGUCAACUAGCCGCCGUACUACAAUUGCUGUACGCACUCUCGACGUUUAAACAGCAAACACGACAGAAAAGAAAAGAAGAACGACUGGAGAAAACGACGACGACGACGACGACGACGACAACGGCGACGACCACAACUACAACGACUAAUAUUAUGCCGCCGAGUACAGCUAGCAAGCUGCCGUCCCCAUUGCGAUCCGUUACCACCACACAAGCUUCAAAUGUUGUUGUUCCAUCGUCAGGAUCAAAAUUGUUGCAACCGACAAGGAUAGCACAAUCGAGAGACAAACAAGGACUGUCACCCGGUCGAACGGCGGGUUCUGGUGCUCUACGUCCGCCUAACUCAAAUAUUCGACCACCGUCAAGAGGGAAUGGGAACAAUAAUGGCUCAACGUUGAGCUCAUCGAACGCCAGUUCCAUCGCAUCAUCGUCGACAUAUCAGUCGAUUUCGGACAACAAUACACCAAAAACGAAAUCCACAUCAACGUCACAUCUGAAACCGGCAUCGUCCACAGCAAAUCUGAAGACCCCGUCCAUAGUUAAACCUCGACAAAUUCAAGCAUCAGCAAAGUCACAAUUAGCACCAUCUAAGACUACCAUUACGAAGCCAUCAGCGCUUAAGCCGCCCGCCACCUCAACGUCCGCAGCGGCGUCAGUUGCUGACUCAACAAAUCAAUCGAAAAUGUUGAAGUUGAAAUUAUUUGGUGGGAAAGAGAAGGAUAAAAAGGACACCAACACCACCACCACCACCGCAGUCACACCAGUCUCAUCGCCUGUACCGGUAAAAAAGUCGUCAAACUUGGCACCGCCGAGAUCGAGUGCGUUGGCGAAACCGAAAACGGCGAACGAGUUGAAGGUUCCGUCAAAAAUUGCGGCGCCAAGGAAAAAAGAGACACAACACGUGCAAUUUCGUGCGCCAACAAUUAGACCGCCGCCCGCGACGACAACGACGUCGACGACGACGACGACGGCUGCCAACGCUGAUUUUGCGUCGGAGAAGAAGCGCACCUCGAAAAGCAGUGAAGAGGAUUCAGCUUACGCUGGUUUCGGCAGCACAAGCCCUGCGUCAUCCACACAAAGUUCGAUGAGCCUGCAGUCAACUUCGUCAAAGGGCUCGCAUGAAGCUGAAUGCUCGACAGCUCCACUCGUCGAGGAGAAGCCUAACAUUCCGGAGCCGACGAUGAAAAGACGAGGCAGUGAUAGCCAGGAUAAACCAACAAUGGCUGUAAAAGGUAUGUCUUCAAGACUUCCACCAACCACUGAGAAAAAGGAAACAGAACUGGAAGCGGAAACACCGAAGUCAGAUAUGCCGGAAACGAAGAAAGCGUUGCCGCCAAGUCCAACGGUUGGUGUGGUGAGCCCGAUGCUAAGUCAACGACGUAUGGAAACAAUAGAAUCACAAAACCUUAAACCAGCUCCAACACCUGUCGAAUGUGAACCAUCAUCGUCAACAAAACCAAUCGAAAAGAAAGCACCACCUGUUCCAUGUCGUUCUGGAUCACGUGUGGAGACCACAUUUGAAUGUACACCACCGGCAAUGCCUCCAAUACGGCAACCUCCUGCCUAUCAACAACUUGUCGAUCAAGGAAGGAUACAUCGUAGUCGGCUAGGGCAAUUCGUGGAUUCGUCGACAAGUGAGGAUUCGUUGGAUUCCGUUUCAACCACGAUUCGUGUUCAACCUUCCGGAUACACUUCCGAGGGGAAUACGUUGGAUCGUAGCGAGCGUGCUCGGACUAUUGAACCAUCCGGUUACAUCUCAGAAGGUGGCAUAGCGAUCUACGAGAAAAUGCAAGCAAGACUACGAGAAUAUCGGGAUAGUAUGCGUCGAGGUCAUCUGGAUUAUAAUGACAGUUUCGAGGACAGUUCGUCGAUUUCCAGUGGAAUUUCCGAGAAUUUUGACGACAUCUCGACGGACGAUCUGAGUGGGACUGACCAUCCUAUGGCUACCGUAGCAGCUGCAUACGGUAAACUGGGUGACUAUCAGCAUUUCACGAGAAGCACAUUGAAAGGACCGCGUUCCUCCUCCUCAACCAUCGACAGUCGUGCGAAACGUAUCGCGGAACAGGAGAACAUUCAUCAACUUCUUCAACAAUGCAGAACAAGUCAACGUGGUGCCGCAUGCCAGCCGUUACGAUCGCCAGGAUACGCUACGUACGGACCACAACUUGCUUUGUCGGCCGAUGGUGACACGCUAAGUGUGCAUUCACGGAGUUCACUACGCGUCACGUCGAAGAGACAAGACCAAACCAUUCCAUCCUUUGCCGGUUAUCAUUCUUUGGAUCGCAAAUCUCAUCUAUCCGAGUAUUAUCGGGAAAAUUCUCCGAAUAGAUUGGGUGUAUUCGAUCGAACAGCUAUGGCAGCACUGUUGAGCCCACGUCGAAUACCACAACAACCACCAGAUAGUAUGCAAAGACAUAGUGUUAGCGCUGCAAGAGCUUCACUAAAUGCGAUGUCCGGUAUGUCACGAUCUAUGGUACUACUCGAAUCGAUGGCUGCCGCCACUUCGCCGGCGCCUCGGGCGCGACGAGGCGCCAGCCCACGCCAUCAACAACGUCUACAGUUAUCCGUUGCAAGUCCGACAAAUCAAAAGGGAUCGCUGUCUGCUCGUGGAUCGCAGAACACGGAUAGAAUCUAUGCAAAUUUCCGUGACGGUAUCCAUUUGCACCGGCUUGCGGACGAGUUAUCACCCAGUCAUGCACUUAGCAAGAGUGAUGGUGCUGAUCUGUUGGGUUCACAAGCUUCUCUUACAAGUGGAACUUGUAACUCGCUCGGUGACAAAUACGAAGCUGAUAUCCGUAAAAUGGCACGAGAACUCGAAGGAUAUCGUCACACGAUCAGCAAACUUACACGAAAACAGGAGGACUAUUCCCAUAUUAUGGAAAUGUUCCAGAACAAACUCUCCCAACUGAGUAAACAAGUGGAUAAAUCGCAAUUAAAGCCUGACGACAUCAAUAAACUUCGCCAAGAAAUUGAUCAACUAAGACUUGUUAGUGGACGAUUAGCACAAGGAGGUGAUGCGAAGAAAAGCAUCGAAGGAGCCGGUGAGUUACUGAGACAACCGUCAUUGGAAUCGGUAGCUUCGUUAGCCAGUCAUCGUUCCUCAAUGUCUUCAUCGAGUAAAUCCAGUCGAACCGACAAGAGCAGUUUGAAUAGUUUUGGAAAAACGAAGAAAAGCUGGAUCCGUUCAUCCUUGACAAAAGCAUUUUCUAAGAAAAAGAAUAAAAAUGGUGGCACAUCGGACACGGAAAGCUCACCACAUCAUGCGUUGAACACCAUUAGUGGAUCAUCGAGCAGAUUGGACGAAGUCGAGGUGGAUGAAUUGAAGAAAAAACUAGAAGAUCGGGAUGUGGCGUUGACGGACAUUCGCCUGGAUGCCUUGGACAAGGCUCGCGAAGUGGACAUACUCAGAGAAACUGUGAACCGGUUGAAGCAUGAAAACAAGCAGCUAAAGAGCGAUAUGUCUCGGUUGUUAGCCGGUCGUGGAUCGAGAGCAUCCUCUCAGGCCUCGAUUCCUAUGCUUGGAGAUGAGGAACCUGUUUAUGAGGCACCACCGAGCAGUGCUAGUGGCAGUUAUUCGAGCAAAAGAUCAUCCGGUUGUAAUUCCGUGAAGGUUACUGUAAAUGUCGAUCUACGAGGAACGAUCAGCAACGCGAUAUGUCCCGAUAAUGAGAUAAUCAUUGGAUUCCUGGCGAUUCCCGGCAAAGAAGCCACUUGGGAAGAGCUGGAUCAGCAGAUUUUCACACUUUUCGAGGCCUACAUUGCUCGUAUUGAUCCGGAUCACCAUCUGGGAUUACAUUGCACGGAAAGCGUGAUAGGCUAUCAAAUGGGAGAUGUGGUUCGUGAGAAAGGUGCCCCAUCACCGGCUCAGGUCCCUGGUGAAGUCCUAUUACCGACAACCACAGUAAGGAUGUUCUUAAGAGGUGCUGCUCAACACGCUGUUGAUUCGUUGGUGCUGGAAUGUCUCUUCCCACGGACAAUGCUUGAACAAUUGCUGAAAUUUUUGCUUUCACAUAGAAGAUUAGUGUUGUCUGGAGCAACUGGGAUUGGAAAGAGUAAUUUGGCUCGCCAGUUAGCUGCCUACCUCUCCGUUCGUAUUGGCUUAGACAGAAAUGGUGUGGUCGAUGUGAAAAUACCAGAAGAUACCAGCGAUAAAAGUAUUGUUAAGGUCGAAAAACAGCUGGAAAAUUUGCUAAGAUCUCCGGAUCCAGCCGUAGUGCUCAUCGACAACAUUCCAAGGCAUCGUAUCGCUUUCGUCUCUUCCGUGUUCUCAUCGGUGGAGCUUAGCCAUGAUGAUGGUCCAUUUGUGAUCUGUACGGUGAAUCGUGCAUGUCAGUUACCAGAAAUGCAAGUACAUCAUAAUUUUAAAAUGUUUCUGCUCACAAAUCGAAUGGAUGGAGUGAAAGGAUUUAUGGCAAGAUUUUUACGCCGCCGUAUUAUCGAGGCUGAAUUCCGACUUUCACGUCAAACUCCACCUGAACUUGUACGAGUUAUACAAUUUCUGCCUAUUGUACUUCAGGCGGUUAAUUCAUUUAUUGAAAAAGCUAACUCACUUGAUGUCACUAUUGGACCAAGAAUAUUUCUACAAUGUCCACUUGGUGUUGAAGAAUCACGUGCAUGGUUUGUACGCCUAUGGAAUCAAAAUAUCAUACCGUACAUGAUCAAAGUGGCAAGAGAAGGUGUAAAAGUCCUCGGACGAUGUGGUUCAUUCGAGGAUCCGACGGAUAUUGUCUGCGAACACUGGCCGUGGUUGGAUGGUCCUUCGGGAGAGGAGUGUCUACACAGGCUAUCGAUCAAGGAAACGAUUGGACAAUCGAUGCCAAAACAGCCGUUUAAUCCGCUGGACACUCUGAUUCGACUACAAGCCAGUCGAAAUGCAGCCGUUGAUAAUGUUUAA